CUCUUUUAUAGAAAAUGGGUAAAGGCGGGGUUACUAAGCUAAAUAAUAAUCGAACUUACAUCGGCCAAACGAAGGUAAAAAGGGCCAAAGGAAUAUCAAGACUAGACUGGCUAUGAAUUACAAAAUUUUUUAUUCGCUGGACCUUUGUAUUGUUGCAUUUCAAUAAAAACUGUAAACAACCAAACUAUUGAUGACUUGAUCAUAAUACCAAUAACAGUAAACUUGUGCAAUAAAUAGCAAAUCUGAAAUUUGAAGUACCAAUUACUAAAGGAAGAACAAAACUUUUUAAUUAGGCACUGUUAUUUGUGAUUAUACUUAAUAAAGAUGAUGAUUCCAAUAUUGAAAGCUGUUGCGUGACUAGCGACGCGCGACACCCACGCGUGUGUACGAGGAAAAAGGCACAUGACUGAAAAUGGCCCGUUUGUCUCCUUUUGUCUCUUUUGGCCUGGUUUUGGCCUUUCUGGCCUGGUUAUGGCCUUUCGGGCCUGUGUUUGGCCUUUCUAAUACUCUGUAUAACUUGAAUGUUUGCGAAAUAGAAGUCAUUUGUGUUCAGUCAUCGAACUGUCAACAGGUUUUUGAACAUGGUUUACAAGAGAGUUUGCAGAAACUGUCCGAUUUCAUGGUGCGGGGCGAAGUACCUUGUCAGAUUAGCUAACCAUCUCGCGGAUGUUCAUCAGUUAGACCACAUACAGCAAAGACAGUAUUUACAAGAGGCGAAACUGCAACCUAAAGUUAAAGUUGUCGUUUACGAAAGUGAAGCGGAUAAUUCCGGAAAAAAUCACUCAACUAGUACUCGCAGUCCAGUACAGACACAAGAAACGGUGUACGAACUGUCAAGAUCACGAAGAAAUAAAGCCUCUUUUAAAGCAAAAGCUAAAAGAACAACUACAAAGAACAAGACAAACCGAAAGAAACAAAGAAAGUCAAACUCUUCGCUUAGAGGCUAUAGGAAAAUUGUGUAGACACGGAAGGAUUAUUUAUUAUUCCUCGUAAUAGAAAGGAGAAACGAAUUUGUAAUAGUCAGUCAAAGGAUUAAUUUUCAUCCCUUUCCCUUUCAAAUCGCUGUGUAUUUGACUCUUUUAGUUAUUGGUUUUAAUAAAGUUUUUUUAAAAAACUUUAUUGCUCACAAUUCUAAGUCGCGUGUUUCAAUUGAUCCUUGUUAAGUUAUUUUAUGUUUUUAUUGUUUUUAUGAUAAUCAGUCACUUGAAAGUUCUCUCUUGGGGCUUUUCCUGCAGAGCUGUACUAAUUUGUAUGCAACGGUGGGCUUGCGAACUCGCAUAAUUAACUGACUAACGAUGUCCAAAAGUGGUCGAUGGUGGACAACAACCCAUCGCUCUAAUCACUUCGCAAUGUUCCAGUCUUAAGAUUUUACUGCCUACAUCAUCGCCUUAUAUAACUGCUCUCAGAUUUGAUAUAUUAAAGUGGGAUAAAUAACAGCAUAUAAUUGUCCUCAUUCUUCCAGCGUCAGUUCCAGAUCCUCUGCAAAUUUCAAGAACACCAAGAGUCUGCCCAAAGUAACUUUUAGAAAUACUUCAGAAUAGAGUACUUUCAGCUUGGAAAUUGUUGACCCUGAGAGGUCGCAAAAUGUUUUCUUGAGAGACGUUAUUUCUUUCGAGGGGGGAACUAUGGCCCUCGCUAUCAUACGAUAUAAUGAUUAAACUUUAUUCUUAGGGACCAGUCAUAAUUUAAGUUGGAGGGGGGAGUGGAGGUGAAAUUGUUUUUUAUUCCAAAUUUUUUCCAGAUCCCCACUAAUAGCACCCAUGUUUUUUAGGUACCCCCCCUUCAAUCAUGUUAAAAGAUUUAAGGGCCCCCCUUUCUUAUACAUAAUACCCAAAUGGUAAUAACAAAUAACAUUUUCUUUACUUUACCGUUCUUACUCACUGUCACUUCCGAAUGUGCCAACUAACAACAGAGAAGCACUUCACACUAAACUGAGAAAGAUAUUUCACCUAGAGCCUCUCAAACAGCUUAAAGAGCAAGGAUAUAUCAGUGAUUGUGUUAUAAUUGAGAUAAGACAAGCCAAGGUGAGAGGCCGACAGGACCGCUUCAAGGAAGAAAGAAGAUAAUCAGCCAAAGCUUACUGCUUUUUAUAUAAGCAGUACAUGCUCUAAUAGCGCAAAACUUGACUGUGACACAGACAGUGAGUCCGCAUCAACCUCAUCUACAAAUAAUGAUUCGGAUAGUGAGAUUGCAUACCAUGACUUUAUGCAUGUAAUCAUUUGUUAAAAUGCCGAUGAAAUUGUUUCAGUGUUACACAAUAAUGGAUGUUGUGUUGAUGCACCUACUAUUUGAGCAUUAAAUCUUUUUGUAAAAAUGCUGAUUAAAUUGUUUUAGUAUUACACAAUAUAGGACUUUGUGUAAAACUGAAUCAAAAUCAGGUCCUUUAAUACUCAAACAUCAUGCUGCUCAGUAGGGAUGCUACUUAAAAGAAACUUGAAGACCCCCCAAGGUCAUCUUUUGGCAUUUUAAGGCCCCCCAUAUUCCAUCCAAAAAAAAAUUGAAGGCCCCCCAAUUUCUCCUCCCCCCCCCCUCCAACUUAAAUUAUGACUGGUCCCUUAUGAAAGACUGAAUAAUAACCAUUUUCGUUUUGCAUGAUAAUAAUGAUUAAUAAUAAUAACCUUCAUUUAUAUGAUCUUAAAAAGAUGAAAAUAAAUAAUGAUGUCAUAGACUAUAAAAAAUAGCUGAUCAUGUCAAAAAACCCUUUCUAAUUUAAGCUGAUGAUGUCAUCUCACCAGUUACCAUAUUAAAUGAUUAUUUUGAUGAUGAUCUCAUCGUUUUUUUGAUGACGUCAACACCCUAGAUUGUUAUACAGAAUAUACCUUUCUAUUUUUAGAUGAUGAUCUCAUCAGUUUAAUCCCCUGAGCUAUUGUGACGUCACUCCACCACCUCCACCACUGCGCAGAACCCCCCGUCUAUUACUACUGACGAGCACAAAGUUCCCAUGAGCACCUUUUUUGCUGAAUUUGCAGAUUAUGUCAAGACAAUUCUGUUGUCCAAUGAAGAGUUACUAAUCCUAGGUGAUUUCAACAUCCAUAUUGACGUAGCUGGAGACAGUGAUGCCAAUAAACUUUCUGAUUUCUUUGAAUCAGUCGGUCUUCAACAGCAUGUUGAACAACAUACUCACGUUCAACGUCAUACUUUAGAUCUCGUAAUUUCUCGGCGGUCUGACAAUAUUAAUAUCGAAGAUUUACCACGUGUUGACCGUUUCCUGUCUGACCAUAGUACGGUUUUGUUCUGUCUCAAGUCAAUAAAACCAUCUUUAUUAGAGAAGACUAUCUCCUAAAGAAAGUUUAAAUCUAUCGACUUGAAUUCCCUCCAGUCCCGACCUGGCUGCCACUGAUUUAUGCAGAAAUCCUCCUGAAGUCCUGGAAGAUUUGGCUAAAUGUUAUAACAGCACACUGAAAGUUUUUUUGGAUAAACGUGCUCCUUUGAUUACCAGGUCUAUCAAAGAGAGACCUCGUGUUCCUUGGUUCAACGAGGAGAUUAAGACGGCUAAACGUGAAAGAAGAAAGGCUGAAAAGAGAUGGAGAAGGACUAGGUUAGACUCUGACCUGGCUGCCUUCAAGGUAAAGCGGAAUGCAGCAACUGCUCUGAUGAACAAGGCUCGUAGGGAAUUUUACACUAAUUUCAUUGAGGAGAACAGCAGGGAUCAAAAGAAGCUGUUUGCCGCUGGUAAUCGCUUACUAAACAGAGGAUCUGCCGACUGGCUACCUCUCACUACUGAUAGGGCUCAAUUCGCCGAGGACAUCGGGAAGUUUUUUGUGCAGAAAAUAGAGCAUAUGAGGAGUCGCCUCGAUUGUCAUGGUGCUGUAAACUAUCAUAAACCGACAUAGAGGGCAUUGAGUCGUCUUUCGUCCACCUCACUGAAUUUAAGAUGUUAACGGAACAAGAUGUGAAGUCUCUUAUGCACCAUUCGUCUCUAAAAUCUUGUGCUCUUGACCCUAUGCCUUCAACUUUGGUCAGCCGAUGUGAUGUCCUACUUCCUGUAAUUACAAGAUUAAUCAAUAUGUCCUUAAAGUCUGGUCAAUUUCCUGUCGCCUGGAAGGAGGCUUUAGUCUUACCGUUACUUAAAAAACCUGGCCUCGAUAUUCUCUUCAAGAAUUUUCGUCCCGUUAGUAACUUACCAUUUGUCUCGAAGCUGACAGAGUCAGCCGUCUAUAACCAAACUCAUAGUCACAUUUGCAAGAAAAAUCUUUACCCUGCCAAUCAGUCAUCUUAUAGGAAGAAUUAUAGCACAGAAACAGCGUUGCUGAGAGUGAAAAAUAACAUGUUGUUGAUCAUGAACUAACAGCAUGUAACACUACGGGUUUUAUUAGAUCUUAGUGCGGCAUUUGAUACUGUGGAUCACUAUGUUUUACUCAGUCGGCUUCACUCAAAAUUUGCUAUAUCUGGAACGGCACUUGAAUGGUUCCGUUCCUACCUUAAUGGAAGAUCUCAGCGUGUUAUGGUCCAAGGAAAUCUAUCUCAGAGUUUGAAUUUGGACUUCGGAGUACCGCAGGGCUCUUGCCUCGGGCCAUUGCUUUUCACGAUUUAUGCAAGCAAAUUGUUUGAUGUUAUCAAGGUGCACCUUCCCACGGUUCACUGCUACGCUGACGACACGCAGUUGUAUGUGUCUUUCAGUCCAAACAUAAGCACUGGGCAAUUUGAGGCUGUCACUGCUGUACAGCACUGUGUGGAUGAUAUACGUAAUUGGAUGACCAAUGAUAAACUACUCCUCAAUGACGAAAAAACAGAAUUCCUAAUGAUUGGUACCAAGCAAUAACUAGCUAAAGUUAAUAUUGAUCAUAUUUUAAUUGGAGACUGUGUAAAUAGACCAAAAGGGGUAGUUAAGAACUUAGGGACAUGGUUAGACUCGACUCUUUCAAUGAAUUCUCAUGUAAAUAACACUUGUUCCAAUGCUUUUUAUUACUUGUAUAAUAUAAGAAGAAUUAGGAAAUAUCUUUCUAGGCGGUCCACUGAGACGCUCAUUCACGCAUUUGUCUCAAGUCGUGUCGACUAUUGUAACAGCUUGCUCUGUGGCCUGCCAGGUUACCAGCUUAAUAAGCUACAGAGGGUCCAAAAUGCUACCGCUAGGUUAACUUUCCUGGAAUCUAAAUACUGCCAUGUAAGACCGUUGCUGUAUAAUCUGCACUGGCUGCCGGUUAAAUUCCGAAUUGACUUUUAAGAUAUUAUUGUUAACGUAUAAGGCUAUCAAUGGCUUAGCGCCUUUUUAUCUCCAGGAACUUAUUAGUCUUAAAGAAGCAUGUAAAUACAAGUUACACUCCGAUUGUGAUGGACUGCUACUAAACCCUUUCAAAUUCAAGACUUUUUAAACAACGUUAGGAGAUCGAUCUUUUACUGCUCCUGCUCCUCAACUAUGGAAUUCAUUGCCCUAUUCAAUUAGGAGUAGCCCCUCAGUAGCAUCUUUUAACAAGACACUCAAGACAUUUUUAUUUCAGAAAGAUUUUUUGUGAUUUUAUGUGCUUUUUAAUCUCCUUUUUAGUAGGUUUUAUGCAGUUUUUUACGAUGUAAGUAGUCUAUGUAAUUUUUAUAGUUUUAGUGUUGACAUAAUUGUUUUACUCUUUUUGUAGGUUCAUGCACUUUUUGCAUGUAUACUUUAUGCAGUCUUAGAAAUUUUUUUUUAAAUAUUUUUAUUUUUAAGCGCUGAUGAAAAUAGCAAUAUUGAUUUUUGAAGGCAUUAUUAUAAAAGCGAGUGCUGCUGGUCUUCAGGCAACAAACUUGUUGUUUGCCACAAAAAAUGUUGUCCUCGCUCGUUGGCUGUUUGCUGUUUGUUAAUUUCGAUUAUCAGAUUUAGCGAGCUUUUCAGACCUGCAGUAAAACAAAAACACAACAGAACUACAAAGCGUGUUUGUAUAAUAUUGUUUUUCAUUUUGUUUAUAGUUCAGUUGAGCAUGCAGUUAAAACUAGUUUUAGUAGUGUCGUUUCGUCUUUACAAAGAGGCAGAUAAUAUUUUCCUGGAUGUGUAAAAAAUAUAUUUUCUAAGACCGUUGUUUCUAGUAAAUUCACAAACUGCAGGUGCACUUACGAUUAAAUGCGCUUGAGAACUCGUUUGGUUUGUUCUGGGAUAAUUUAAAUACCCUUUGAAAAAGUUUGCGAUAUAUUUCUCCAAGAUUUUUAAAGAUUUGUGUACUGAAAAUCGGGGAAAAUUGCCGAUGAAAAUAUAAAGCAACAGAAAAAUAGAAAUUUCAGUAUUUUAAAAAUCGAGCGGGCUUAGCCAAAAUAUUAAAACGAGAACAUCGUGUCGUCGUCUUUUCGAAAACUUUUUACCUUCUACGCAACAGAAAAAAACCUUCAAGCACCAUUUUUUAUAUAAUUUUGCACCUUUGUCCAGGCAACCCAAAUUGUAACCGGGGAAGUAUUCCAUCAGGCUUACUUGCCCGGCCGACGACUCUGAAAAAAAAAAAAUGAAUAUGGAUCCCUGCAAUCAGAUCCAGUGGCAUUGUUCUAACAGCCAACCAGCGUUACGCCCAAACUCCGGCCGCAGUGAGCACAAGCUUGUGAGCACGUUAGAGAGAAUGUAUGAGAACUGUUAAAAUUGGAUCUGAUCUCAGGUUGGGGGCUGGUGUGGGUUGUGGUGGGGGAGGGGUUAAGGUUAAUCCAGUUAACAAACUUAUGAUAGUCCGUUUACGGCAGCUCUUCAGUGAAUAUUUAGUAGAAUAAGCUAGUAAUAACAGUAAUAGAUGCGAUAUUUUUAUUUAUAUUUGCUACCGUUUGCUUGAAGAUUAUUAGCGUAGGUGAUACUUCUAGUCUUUCUCCGACACCUCCUUUCUUCUUCUUCUUCUUCUUCUUGUCGGCAAUCUUUAUUCUUUGUGGUUUUAAAUAAAGAAUUUUCUCUUUCGACUGCAGAAGUUGAGGAUCAAGGGAGAGAUCAAGUAUCAAGAAAAGCAACAGCCAGUUACUUGAGAGAAAAAGUUUUAGAACCGAUGGCAGAUGUACUCGAAGAAGAUGAGGAACGUGAGGAACGAAGAGCCAUUCCCGCUGUGGACGUUGAUGUUUCAUAUGGCUCAUUUAGAAUCUCUCUUAAAAUUUCUGACCGGGAGACGGCUAGAUCCAUCUUAACGGGAGUUGGUAUUGGUUGCGGUGUUGUGGCUCUUGGGAUUGGUGCGUUAUAUCUAGCAAAUCCCCAGCGAGUCAUAAAUGCAGUACGUGGAGCACUGGAAACAACAACAGGUCUUCAAGUUAUAAAUGUUACACGUGGAUCGAUUCUGGUAGAAUUGCUAUGCAAUUCCGAGGAGAGUUUUCAAUCAUUCAUGAAAGAUUUUGAGACAAAAGAAGUAGAGAGGCGAUUGAUUAAAGAGUUUAAAAGGACUGGCUACAAGGGGGAGCUCGAGGUGAUCAUCAUAAACAAGGAAGAAGCUGACAAGCACAUGGAGAAAAUUCGAGGUAUGCAGUAUCUUACUUUUAGAUAGAUUUUGAAAAAAAUGGCCAGAUUUACGCGCCCGGCUCUUAAAGGUUUCGUAAAGUGAGAAUAAAGUUGUUGUAACAGCUUUACGCUUAUUUACGCUACAUGUAAAGGUUGUUCAAAUAUUGCUACCCUUCUAGCAGGAAUUUAUUUCCGGCACUGUUUUUAUAGUGUUCUAAGUCGUUUGCGCCCUGACACUAUUUCGCGU